GGCUUCAAACUGUUGUUGUUUUUGUUGCUGCGUGAGAGAGGACAUAACGGAACUGAAGUGACUUUUGUUUUUCUUUUUGCCAAUUUGGUGGUAGAAAAUCAAUUGUAAUUGUUGAAUAGAUAAAUGCGGUAAUCACAAGUCUUUGCGCUCUCGUCCAAUUCGCACAAACAAAAAAGUUGAAAAUUCCCACAUAAGUGUUUGUUUAAAAAGUGGCAACAAAAUAAAAUCAAAGAAAAAAAAAGAGUUUUAGUGAUACUUUUGAAAUAUGAAUUAAAAUUCCUCGCAAAAGAGAGUGUGAAAUUGUGAGAGAGCCGAAAAAGAAAAUUGUUCAGAAUUUAUUUUCCGUGAAAAUAAAAGCCAAAAAUCAAACGCAAAAGAAGUCUGUGGUGAAAGUAUCAUUAAAUUAAACAACAUAAUUUUCCUUUAAUCAUCAACAACAGUAGAGGUGGGACAAGCAGCAGCAGCAGCAGUAACGAAAAACCAACCAAGUAUACGAGAAAAUAAUGUCGGCAAAGAUGACCCGUUACAAACAGACAGAGUUCUCGGAGGAAGACAGCAGUUCCAUGGGUGGCGUUCAAUUGAAUGAGCCGGGCAUUAGCACAGGCAUGCAGAUACGCUAUCAUACCGCUCGGGCAACUUUAAACUGGCGUUCACGAAAUCGUGUCGAAAAAUGGCUGAUGGCAACAACGAUUGUGCUUUCCUUUAUUAUUGUAUCCUUGUUGGUGAUUAUCUUCCAGAGAGAGGCUGACAAAACUACGCGAAUACUUCAUGUGGAACCGCACAAAGAUAAUCCGGAAAUGCCUUGUUUAAAUGAGCACUGCAUAUUUUCGGCCAAUGAUAUUUUGAAUUCCAUUGAUCGCAGCAUCAAUCCCUGUGAUGAUUUCUAUGAGUAUGCCUGUAAUCAGUGGGUUAAAAAUAAUCCUAUACCAGAUGGCAAGUCAUCCUGGGGUACUUUUAGCAACAUAGAACAGCGAAAUCAGCUAAUAAUCAAAAAUGUUUUGGAAAAACCCAUGAAAUCUUUCAAGUCAGAGGCUGAGAAAAAGGCCAAAAUCUAUUAUGAGUCCUGUUUGGAUCGCAACGAUGAACUGGAGAAGUUGGGGGCAAAGCCCAUGGUGUCGUUCCUAUGGAAAAUUGGUGGUUGGAAUGUUUCACAUACCGGUUUCAAUAUAGCCAAAUGGACAUUGGCCAAUACACUGAAGUUAUUGCAGAACAGAUACAAUAUCAAUUGUCUUUUCGGUUGGGCCAUUGGGGAGGAUGAUAAAAAUUCCACCCGCCAUGUUAUACAAAUCGAUCAGGGUGGUCUAACUCUACCCACACCGGAGUACUAUGAAAAUCGCACAGAGAUACAUCGUAAAGUUCUCAAAGAGUAUAUAGAGUAUAUGACCAAAGUAUGUGUUCUACUGGGUGCCAAUGAGACAGAUGCUCGCCGCCAAAUGCAAGAAAUCAUGGAUUUUGAGACUAAGAUAGCCAAUAUCACCAUACCCCUGGAAGAAAGGCGCAACGAGGAGGCCAUGUAUCAUCCCAUGAAAUUGUGGGAGUUGGAUAAAUUGGCACCAUUCAUCAAUUGGACAGAGCAUUUGGAUCAUGCCAUGCAGUUGGUGGGCAGACGAGUCACAGAAAGGGAAGUGGUGGUGGUAUAUGCUCCAGAAUUUCUAAAGAAAUUAUCGCAGAUAAUAGCUGAGAUGGAGAAGACAGUAGAGGGCAGGAACACCCUCAAUAAUUACUUGGUAUGGCAAGCAGUUCGUGUUUUAACCCCCUGCCUGUCAAGAUCUUUCCGUGAUGCCUACAAGGGUGUACGCAAAGCUUUGAUGGGCUCCGAUGGUGGCGAGGAAGUUUGGCGUUUCUGUGUGGCUGACACUGGCAAUGUUGUUGGCUUUGCUGUGGGUGCCAUAUUUGUGAGGCAGGCUUUCCAUGGUGAAUCGAAGCCCGAAGCGGAGCAGAUGAUCAACGAAAUCCGAGAAGCCUUUAAAGUGAGCAUUCAUAACCUCACCUGGAUGGAUAAACGCACCCGAGAGCGGGCCAUAGAUAAGGCCAAUGCCAUAUCCGAUAUGAUAGGUUUCCCCGAUUACAUUUUGAAUCAAGAGGAGUUGGAUAAGAAAUAUGCUGAUCUUAAUGUGACUGCCAAUGCUUACUUUGAAAAUAACAUACAAUCCAACAUCUUUAACUUGAAGAAGAAUUUGGAGAAGCUGGAUCAACCGGUGAACAAGACCAAUUGGGGCAUGGUUCCACAUAUGGUCAAUGCCUAUUAUACACCUUCGAAGAAUCAAAUUGUCUUUCCAGCCGGCAUACUCCAAUCGCCUUUCUUCGAUAUACACCAUCCGAAAAGUCUGAAUUUCGGUGCCAUGGGAGUUGUGAUGGGUCAUGAACUUACACAUGCUUUUGAUGACCAAGGUCGGGAGUUCGAUAAGUUCGGUAACAUCAAUCGUUGGUGGGACAAUAAAAGCAUCGAUCGAUUCAAUGAGAAAACCGAGUGCAUUGAGAAACAGUAUGGUUCGUAUGCCAUUAAUGGUCGACAUUUGAAUGGCAAACAGACGUUGGGUGAGAAUAUAGCCGAUAAUGGAGGCCUAAAGGCAGCCUACCAUGCGUUCCUAAAAACAUCGAUGGGCAAAGAAGCGGAUGUGCUGAAACUGCCGGGACUAAAUUUGACGCAUAAACAAUUGUUUUUCGUUUCAUUUGCCAGGGUAUGGUGUUCCUCAGAUACAGAAGAAACUAUUAUAUUACAACUAGAAAAAGAUACACAUUCACCAUCACGACUGCGGGUGAUUGGCACACUUUCAAAUAUGCCUGAAUUCGCGGAAGUCUUUCAGUGUAAGCCGGGCUCCAAAAUGAAUCCCGAAAAGAAGUGUGCAGUGUGGUAAAUUGUCACAACUAAUGUCUAUCUGUUAUUGUCUCCGACUUCAUCUGACAACAAAAACAAACAAAUAACCAAAAAACAACAACCAAACACUAGGAUUAUCCCCAAGGUAUGUAUGUAUUUAUGUGUACGUGCUGCGCGUAGAUGUAAACGAUGAAAAUAAAUUUUGUAAAUGUUUUCCUUAUUUACAAAUUCCUAAAACGAAAUUAGUAGAAACGAAACAAAAAGAAAAGUAACUGCGGAAAACUUGAAAGAAUUUGAAAAUUGAUUUGUAACAAUAUGUAUGUGUGUGAUUUAUAAAAUUAAGCGAAAACAAAAACUAAAACAAGAAAAUUCUCGUAAAACAAUUUUUUUAUGAAAAAAAAGAAACUCUUACUAAUAUAAAUCAAGAAUUUAAGCAUAUAAAUUGAUGAUAAACGAUGAAAACGUGUUUAUAUAUACAUUUAAGGAAAUAUGAAGAAAAAUGAAAGAAUAAAAACAAAACCAAAUCAAAACUAAACCAAACCAAAACCAAGCUCCUAAACUAGAAAAGGAGCCAAAUAAAAUUUAAACCUAAUUUAGAGUAUGUAUACAUAUGGAAUAACCAAAACCAUAAUUUAAAAAUGAUAAUUCAAUUAACUUAAAAUCGUCAAACGGUAUGAUGCACGUAUGCAGGAUUCAGAGGCAUUGUAAGUCUCAUUUAUUUAAAUUAUGUUUUUUUUGUUAAAAAAAAU